AUGUCGUCCGGCGCAAGUCUUCAUCCACGUACGCUGCUCACGUUUGUGCUCGAUGUGUCGGCGCCCAUGGGCCAGACGGACGAGGGCGAGACACAGACGCGUCUCGCGCAAUGCCAGGCGUUCAUCGCGAUGCGCCUGCUCGAGGUGAUGAUGCGGGGUCUCGCUACGAUCAAAGUGUGUAUAUUUAUCUACGGUGCAGAGCGUACCGAUCACAUAUUGUGUGAGAAGGGCAUCCUCGACGACUACCUAGGCAUCGUCGAACUCUGGCGGCCUGCGCCGCCCACCCUCGACACCAUUGAUCUCGUCCAGGCAUUGACGCCUGGCACGACCCAUGGCACUCCAUGUGAUCCCAUCGACGGCUUGGUCGUCACCCUCGCGACGAUUCUCGAUAAAGAUCGUGGCGUUCCCUCGUCAUGGACGCGCUUGGUAUACCUAGUGACACGGACCGAUGCCGUUUUGAAUAUCGGCGAUACGGAUGUAGUGCGGCAGCGUCUGGCGCAAUCCGACACGCCGUUGCGUGUACUGCAUGUCGGCCCUACCACGCCGCCCACUGAGACGUGGCAGUUUCAAGAGACGUUUUGGCGUGAUAUGAUUAGCGAGGUACCUGGCUCGGCUAUGGCGCCUGCCGCGCAGGUCGCCGCCCAAUCCAUGGAGCCUCAUAUCCAAAUGCCCAAAUCGCAUCCGAUCGCCGCGACACUGACGUUCGGCCAGCCUGGCACGUCGCAGCAUGCCUGUUUGUCGCUGCCUGUGCGUCUGUGGAAAGCUACGGCACACCAACGUCCGCCCUCGACGACGCGCCUUGCCAAGGGCGAGGCCCCUGCAUCCGAGCGACGUGUCGAAGCGCAUCCCCUGCUGUACAAGGUCGAGGACAUUUUGCAAGCGGGCGACGAUUUGCACCAUGUCCAGCCCUUGCCCGACACGACGCCUGUCCAGCGUGCGUACAAGCUGGGGGCAUCGCUGGUGCCGCUGCAUCAUACCCUUCCGCCGCUGGACACGACGCCGGCGAUGGAGAUUCUGCAUUUCGUGCAUGCCAAGACGUACCGACGCGAAUACCAUCUGGGCGAGACGUACUAUGUCACGGCGCCCACGACAUCGACACGGGCACAAGUGGCACUCUCCAGCCUGGUCCAAGCGGCAGCGGUGAAGGGCGUGUAUGCACUCUGCCGCUGGGUCCCCCGCGCGCAGGCAGAGCCGAAAUUGUACAUUCUCGCGCCGCUGGUCGAGAGCGAGUACGAUGGCUUUUACAUGGUUCGCGUGCCCUUUCGCGAGGACGUAAAGCGAGUCGCCUUCCCGCCGCUCGACCGGAUUGUCACGCAGUCCGGCGAGGCUGUGUACGAGCAUGCGACCAUCCCUACAGCGUCGCAGCAAGAGGCCAUGGAUGCAUGGGUCGACCAAAUGGAUUUGAUGGACAUGGACGAUGAAAACGAUGAAGAAGGCUGGUAUGCACCGCCACUCAGCUACAACCCGGCGAUCCAUGGGAUUAAGAAUGCCAUCAAGCACCGCUUUCUGUACCCCAUGACGCCGCUGCCACCUCUGCCUGCCAGUCUGACUCGCUUCCUCACGACGCCCAGCCCUGUCGAGGCGCGGGCGCGACCUGCGCGCGAUGCGUGUGCCGUCGCGUUCGAGUGUGCGCCAGGGCCGUCCACGCGCCCGCGAAAGCCGCCGUCGGAGGCGCCCAAGACGGAAGCGCCGUCCGUCGUCGCCGCCGAGGCAGCGACGCCGCCGGCGUUCGAACCGCUCGCGCCCGUGCUGCAGGAGGACCGUAUCGAUAUUCCUCACGUGGGCCCUCUUCGCUUUGCCGACCUUAUCCACGACUUUGAGGCGCUCGUCAACGAUACCCAAGCUGUGACCGAGGUGUGUACGGCGAUGUCAAUGGCCCUGCUGCAUCUCGUUGCUCAGCCUGCCACGACCGUCCCUACCUUGAUACGUGCCUUGCAUGCUUUUCGUCAUGUGGCAGCCGAGCCGCUGGUCCAAGUCCUUCGACACCGGCUGGAUUUGGGGCUGAUCACGCACGACGAAGAUGCCGCACACCGGUCGACAGAGACGCCGGCGACCGCGCGUGCCUUGGCCGAGUGGUCUACCCCGCCGUAG